AUUUAUAUGCAUUAAUCGCUUCUUGAAUGUAAGUUCGAUCGUCAUCAAAAAAGCAAAAUAAUUGGAGUAUGUGUUCAUAAAUAAUGCUAAAACAGGAGACCUUUCUGUGUUGGAUGCCAAUAUUAAUUUCAUUAAGACCAUAUAGAUGACUUAAAAUUCUUCGAUGAUCUCAAAGACUGGGUUUUAUAGAAUUCUUAAAUUACAGUCGGAAUUACAACAUAUCUUAAUGAAUUAAUUGAUCUAGUUAAAUCCAUUUCUUAAUUGAUAGAAGCUACUUAAUAUGCUAAUUAGCAUUCUAAUUUUAAUCAAAUGAAUUAUACAGAUUUAGAAAACAGUAUAAAUUAUUUAAUGAAUUUAUGGAAUUGUCAAAAUAAUGUCAAUCAACUUUUACAAGAAAUGCUUAUAACUAAGACUAGAAAUUAAAUUAAAUAAUUAUGCUCAUUUUACUUUUUACAAUACAGUAAUUAUAAUCUUAUAACUAGCAACAAAUAAUAAAAUUUAAGUUAAUUAACAAUCUCUACAAUUGAAUCAAAAUUUAACUUAAAAAUAAAUUACAGAAGGGCCUUAAAAUGUUAUACAAUCUAAAAAUUAAUAACAAAUACCAGAUUAAAGGAUUAGUAAUUUAAGUAAAAGAUUUUAAUGUAACAUAAUUCAUUAAAAUAAAAGAACCAAAUCGAGAAUAAAUUUAUUUAAGUCAGUCUUUGUAAUUUUAGAAAAAUUAAUUUACUAUCAAUCAUAAAUCAAUAAGUCCGCAUAGAAAUGA